GGGUGGCCCUGCUGGCAGCAUGGGGGGGCUGCGUAGCCUCGGACUGUGCCUGGCUUUGUGCUGUGGUGCCGUGAUUGGAUCUGUUCCUGCCCGGCUCUCCGGCAGCCACUCCCCAUGCCAGGGCCGCGUGGAGCUGCUGCAGGACGGCACCUGGGCCUCGGUCUGCGCCAUGGGCUGGGACCUUGCAGCUGCCCACGUCCUGUGUCGCCAGCUGGGCUGCGGGCGCCCCCGAGCCGUCCCAGUGCCCUGCAGCCCUCCCAUGGCUGAGGGGAACGUGGUGGGUCUGCGUCAGGUGCUGUGUGCAGGGCAGGAGCUGGACUUGGAGCACUGCAAGCUGCAGCCCGGUGACGCUGCAUCUUGUCCCUCCAACCAUGUGGCUGCUGUCAACUGCGAGGAGCCCUUCAGGCUGCGGCUGGCUGACGGGCCCAGGCGCUGUGCGGGGCGGCUGGAGGUGCAGCGAGCCGGGCGCUGGGGCACGGUGUGUGAUGACGGAUGGAGCAGGGCCAACAUGGCUGUGGUAUGCCAGGAGCUGGGCUGCGGCGAGGCGCAGGACCUGGAUGGGGAGCGGCCACGUUUUGGGCCUGGUGUCGGGCACAUCUGGCUGGAUGACGUCCGAUGCCAAGGGCAGGAGAAGAGCCUGCAGGACUGCGCACACCGUGUGUGGGGAUACCAUGACUGCACCCACCACGAGGACAUUGGAGUUGUAUGCCAGGAUCCCUGAGCAUCAUGGUUCUGGCCCCAGUAGUGUCAGGAACUGCUUUUAGCCCUCCUGCAGCAUCUGCGUGAAGAACCCAAACAGGACCCCGAGCCCAAACAGGACUGCAACUGAAACAAAUCCUGAGUCCAAACAGGAUCCAAAACCAAUCAGAACUCUGAGCCUGAAUGGAACUCCCUGCACAAACAGGACCCAGAAUGCAAACAGGACUCCCAAAACCCAACAGGAUCCAAAAUCAAAAAGGACCAAGAGCCCAAACAAGACUCCACAUCCAGACAGGAUCCAGAGCCCAAACAGAGCCCCAACCCAAACAGAAUCCUGAGCACAAUCAGGACUCCCUGUCCAAACAGAAAUACAAGCCCAAAGAGGACCUAGAAUGCAAACAGGACCCCUCAAGUUCAGGCAGGGUCAGAAAUCAAAAAGGAUCCAGGUCCUCAGCCCUAUCCGCUGCCCCCCCACCCCAGCCCUAUUCCUUUAAUGGUGUCAUUAAAAGCAAGCAGCAUCCACGA